GUUUAUUAUAACAGUGGCAGGGAGCAGAUCGGCCACCUCUAUUUCCCCUUUACUGCUUUGGAUUGAGCUGUGAAGGAGUGGCAAAAGUCCAUUGGAGAGAAGGAAGCUUCCAGUGGUUGACAUGCCCAGUCUGUGCCUUUCAUUCUUGUGGCUCCUCCUCCUUUUCCUAUUGGCCUCCAAGGUUACAUCUAAUGAAGAUGACACCAUAGUGGUCACCAGCAGUGGGCCUAUUAAAGGGAAGCACAUCCAGGUUGGCUCUGGCACUGUGACCGCUUAUCUGGGUGUCCCCUAUGCAGAACCGCCUUUGGGGAAAUUGCGUUUCCAGAAGGCCUUGCCUCAUCAGCCUUGGAGCCAAGUCUUGGAGGCGACCCAUUUCGGCAACUCCUGCUCUCAGUUCCUUCUUCAUGAUUUCCCUCAUUCUUCAAUGUGGCUUGUCACUCCACCACUGUCAGAGGACUGUCUCUUUCUGAACGUUUGGGUGCCUCAUCCCCGGCCCUCUCCCCCAGCUCCUGUCCUUGUUUGGAUACAUGGUGGGGGUUUUUGCAGUGGCACAUCUUCUCUGGAUAUUUAUAAUGGGGCAUCCUUAGCUGCUGAGGAGAACCUCAUAGUAGUCUCCUUGAAUUAUCGUUUGGGGGCGCUAGGCUUUCUUUCAUUACCACCAAGCGCCCCAGCUAAUGUUGGCCUCUUGGACCAACAGCUGGCCUUGAAAUGGGUGAAAGAGAAUGCAGCCUCCUUUGGAGGAGAUCCCGCUCGGGUGACCAUUUCCGGACAGAGUGCUGGAGCAGCCUCGGUGGGUUUCCAUCUCCUCUGCCCCGGAAGCCAGCCCCUUUUUGCCCAGGCUAUACUGCAAAGCGGGUCUGUGAAUGCCAUCUGGGCUUGGGUGACCCCUGAGGAGGCUGAACAGAAAGCCCUUGCUUUUGGCCAGGCACUGGGGUGUCCUCAAGAUAAUGACACUGAUGUAGUGACAUGCCUCCAGGGAAAGGAUGUAUCAAGUUUCCAUAAGUACGAGUUAUCGGCGCUGAACAGCACAAUGCUUCUGAACCUUCCUUUCUCGCCCACCAUUGAUGGAGAGUUCCUCCUGGAAGACCCACAAAAGCUUCUGGAGCCUGGGCGCAUUCCAAAUAAGCCAAUUCUCGUUGGCACCACUUCUGACGAAGGGUCCAUGUUUGUGCCAUUCACAUUCCCAGAGGCCAAAGAUGGGCUAAUAACUUGGAAGCAGCUGGUGGAGGGUGUGAAGAGGACUGUGCGAAGGGCCACAGAAGAAGUCAUUCAGGCUGUGGCACGUAAAUACAGCGAAGAGGACCACGGUCCUGCAUCCUACCGCCGGGCCAUGGUGCAGUCCAGUAGCGAUUACUUCUUUGUAUGCCCUGUAGCAGAAAUUGCUGCAAAGUUGACUGAAGCUGGGAGUCCUGUGUACAGUUACUUCUUCUCACAGUACACCUUGGGCUCUGCUUGGCCUGAGUGGGUAGGGGCGACCCAUGGUGCUGAGUUACCUUAUCUAUUCGGUUCGUUUAAGACUUUCCUGGCUGCCAACCAAACUCUCACAGAGGCGGAGGCUGCAUUGAGCCGCAGAGUGAAGCAAUACUGGGCAGAGUUUGCCAGACACAGGAAUCCUAAUGGGAUAACAAUCAAUGAGAUUCAAUGGCCGCUCUACAAUGUCACAGAGCAGAACUUCUUCUUUCUUUCCACGCAGCCAUCCCAAACUGAACAGAAAUCACCUGCCCAACAUUGUGGUUUCUGGAAAACACAGGUUUUGAAUGCAGCAUAG